AUGGCUGACGAUCACCCCGACCUCUCGGCGCUUCAGUCGCCAGUCGCUUCGCCCACCAUUAAGCGCAAGCGAAGCAUUUCUGAGCAGGAAAGCCCCGGGCGUGCCAAGAAAACCGCCACCACCAAUGCCCCUUCAGCCAUCAUGUCGGCUGCCGAUGCCGACACGGCUGCCUUCAUUGAGCAUGCUGUCGAGGCCGCGGCCGCGGCCGUUGCUAAUGGCGUAAACGUGGCCGACCUGAAUGCUCUUCAACAGGCCACCGCCGCUGAGCAUUCAGAAGCUGCUGACCCUGCCAACGCCUCGAGCACUGCCGCCGCCGCUCUCGGCUCCAUGUAUCCCAGCAUUCACGUACCUCAGACCACCGAGGCCCAGUUCGCCUCGCAAGGCGUCAAUGACGGCAAUCAUGUCCCUGACUCGGCCUUCGACCCCAACAUGACCCAGCAUGAUACCCUAAUCGAUAAUGCUCUGGCCGGCCUGCCAUCGUCGGGGAGUCCUCAUGAUCUGUCGCCUCCAAACGAUCAGCAGCAACAAUUGGGUCACGAUCAACAUCAGCAGAUGCCGCAGCAUGAUCAACACCAGCACGAUCCUCAUCAGCAUGAUCAGCACCAGCAGCAUCAUCUCGACCAACACCCGCACAUGGACCCGCAGCAUCAACAGCACCAGCACCUCGAGCAGCACCAGCAACAACAACAGCAGCAUGAGCAACCGCCACCUCAACCGCAGCCCGCCCAGCACCGGUACUCGACCGGCUCUGCAGGCGCCCCUCCCAAGUCGAAGCCCGAUGUUGGGUCUGACGAGUGGCACAAGCAGCGCAAGGACAAUCACAAAGAGGCAUGCACCAAGAAGAAGAAGAAAACAAGGUGGAAACAUGGUGCGGCUUUCUCAGGCAAGGUUCGGCCUCUCCUGAGGCCGCCUCCUCGCUACCCAGCCAGCAGCCCGGGCACGGUGUCAUCCGGCGGGCGGGCGGCGUAG